UUCUGUUUGUUUGUUUCAAGUCCAAUAUGGCGCCACAUUCGCUGCCGUCACUGAGCUUCACCGGAAGUGAAAGUGCUCUAUAUUUCAAACGGGAGGACUGCUCGCACGCGCCAUUGGACCGGAUAUCGACUGCAAGUCUCCCGCGUGGUUGCAGUUCUUGAAGUUCGGCUGCUUCUGUGAAAUUAACAAAACAAGAUAGGAGGAUGCAGUCCACAGAGUGCGAUUCAUCCACGGAGGACCUGGCAGCCACUCCCAGCAACGUGGCCACACGUUCCACCAAGAGGAAAAGCAGAGUCGAGGAAACCGAGGCCAUGGGCACUUCAUCACACCCGCAAGUGGAAAACCAGGCUGUGGAGCCAGAGGAAAUGAAGGAGGCGACAAACGGAGCAGAGAAAGAGGAAGAAACCCUGGAGAAGGAGGUGAGCGACACAGAAGAGGAGAUUCGUCAAGGACAAGAGGUCGCUACGGAGGCGGUCCCGCUCACACAGAGCAGCCGUGCAGAGCGCUGGAAGCAGGAGUUUCUGGAAUGGUUGAUCCGGGAAUUUGAGCCUGAUGAUGAGACCCCAGAUCUAGAAGUGACUGGUGAGGCAGGAGAGCAGGAGGAAGCCGGGGACCACAGUGUUGUAGCUGGCCAGGAGAGCGUGCCCGUGGCUGGGAGAGCCGAGUUAGAAGUACCCCAAAGCCCCUUGUCUUGGCUUUGCAAGUAUGUGAAGUACAGGGACUCCUUCAUUGUAGAUUCCCAGAUGCAGGAGGGAGCGUCCGACCCCUCAGAUCCCUCUGAAACCCAGGAAGAGAGACAUGCCCUGGAGACUGAACCAGGGGCUGAAGAGAGAGAGGCAGGGACCCAGCGUGCUUUAGCUGGCCAGGAGAGUGUGCCCGUGGCUGGGGGGGGCCAUUACAGCUUGUCUUGUCUUUGUAAGUUCAUAAUCUACGGAGACUCCUUGGUUGUAGAUUUCUCUGACCCCUCUGAGGCUGAGCUGGUAGACGCCAUCGCUGCUGUGCAGUUCCUGAUGGACAAGUUUGAAGUGGACCUGGUGUGCGUGGUGAAGAGCUUGCUGAAGAACAGCGGUGAUUUCCAGGCUGCGCAGCACUACCUGCGCACCGGCCGCAGAGCGGACGGGAGACCCCUCUGGACACGGCACGACGACCUGGCUCUGCAGUCAGGAGACCCCGCCACAAAACAGGCUCUAAUACUCAAGUACGGGGAGGAGGACGUGGCCAGGAGGGGGGCAUUUUUCAGUGCCUGACCUGCAGAGGGAUUAAAGGCUGUUUUUUGCUCUUGUUGUUUUUGUAUGUUGAUUUAAUAAAAAUCAAAAAGACUGUGAAAUGGUUCACAUUUUUCAGUGCAGUUUGGAAACUGGAUUGUUUUGGUUCAGAUUUAAAAAAUGUUUUUGUGACGAUGACAAUAUUACUGUCUCCUGUUUGUAAAAAUGAAGACACCAGGAUAUCAAAGAGAAUGUGUUUGUCAGCUGAAAUCCUGACGUUGGUUAAUAAAUGUAUUAUCUUUGUUACCAAGUUUUUCCCCACUGUAAAAAAAAAAACUAAUAGUUAUCUGACAAGAUGGACAAUCUGCAUUUUUCUUCUGAAUUGUUCCUAAUAAAAAAUGUGAUU